AUGAGCUCGUCCCAAGUCAACGAAUUGUCGAAAAGAGUGAGUCCAGAUGAAGCUAUUUGUGAGAGUCAACCACGUCUUCAGCUCAUUGUCGAGUCGCCUAACGUGAAAGUACAAGAUGGUGUGCUCGAAUCGCGAUUCACCUACCGCAAGAACCACUUCGAAAGCCGUGCUGAUGGACUGCACGUGACUCCGAAAGAGCACGAGUACUCGUUUAAGACGGUGCUGAAGCCACGAAAGACCGGCCUCUUGCUUGUCGGACUCGGCGGAAACAAUGGAUCGACUGCGGUUGGUUCCAUCUUUGCCAACCAGUACGCAAUGACUUGGAAGACCAAGGAGGGAAAGAGCCAGGCGAACUACUUCGGAUCUGUCACCCAGACGGCUACGGUUCAUUUGGGAUGGGAUUCUGACAACCAGAGCCAGGUGUACGUUCCGUUCAAGGACAUUGUCCCAAUUUUGUCGCCGAACGAUCUAAUCAUCGGUGGAUGGGACAUUAGCGACUCGAAUUUGUACGAGGCGAUGAACCGUGCCAAAGUCUUCGAGCCGGAGCUUCAAGAGAAGCUCCGCCCAUUCAUGGAGCCGAUUGUGCCACUUCCGUCUGUUUACUACCCGGACUUCAUCGCUUCGAAUCAAGGAGAUCGUGCUAAUAAUGUGAUUGCGGGGAGCAAUAAGCUGACUCAUUUGGAGCACAUUCGUUCUGACAUUCGCAAGUUCAAACAGGAAAAUGAACUCGAGUGUGUCAUUGUUCUCUGGACCGCCAAUACCGAAAGAUACACUGAUGUUCGUGCCGGUCUGAACACGACUGCCGAUGAGAUCAUGGAGUCUAUCAGGCUGAAUGAAGAGGAGGUGUCUCCAUCGAACAUCUUCGCUGUUGCCUCGAUUCUAGAAGGCGCCCACUACAUCAACGGAUCACCACAGAACACUCUUGUGCCGGGAAUCAUCGAAUUGGCCGAUCGUCACAAUAUUUUCGUCGGAGGAGACGAUUUUAAAUCCGGACAGACCAAGUUCAAGUCUGCAUUCGUCGACUUCCUGGUGAGCAGCGGGCUGAAACCAGAAUCGAUUGUCUCGUACAAUCACUUAGGAAACAACGAUGGAAAGAACUUGAGCGAGGCUCGCCAGUUCCGUUCCAAGGAGAUCUCCAAGUCUUCUGUGGUCGACGACAUGGUCAAGUCGAACCAGAUUCUGUUCCCGGAUGCCAAGAACCCGGACCACUGUGUCGUCAUCAAGUAUGUGCCGUAUGUGGCCGACUCGAAAAGAGCUAUGGAUGAGUACAUCUGCAGGUGAUUCGAAAUUCGGAAAGGAGCAAAGCUAAUAGCGUCGUUUCAGCAUCUUCAUGGGCGGCAAGCAGACAUUUGUCGUGCACAACACUUGCGAGGACUCUCUGCUCGCUUCGCCGCUCAUUUACGAUUGGCCAUUCUGA